AUGGAGAGAUGGGAGAGAGCACCAUCGCAUCACCACCUCCAUCGCACACGAUCGAGGAGCCCAUCCUUCUCCUCCUCCCUACUGGACGUCAUCUACCGAUCCAUCGACGGCAACGACAACACAGAUCACAGUAAAAGCAGGGGAAAUGGCAAAGCAGAUGGCUCGUUACCUCGCAAAAGCGCAGCACAGCUGACGUGGCAUGGCCGGGACGCCGGCGCGGCGGUUUCUCGAGCGCGCAGCAAUGCAGGCAUCGACCAUGGCCGCCGCACCGUCAAUUUCGUGGUCGAUCCUUCGGUUUCCAACAUUCCGCGGCCGGACUCACCAGCGACGGAGAAGAAUAAUAGAAAGAAGAACUCGCGGUGCGGAUCCGUCCACAGAGGGCUCCGAGGCCUUAGUAAGGGGAGGACGUCGUCGUCCUCCGCCCCGACUUCGCCGGGGGCGCGGCUGGCGAGCUUUCUCGCCUCGCUCCUCGCCACCGCGAGGAGCCCCAAGAAGUCCAAGGUCGUUCCCCCCGCCACCUCUGCAGCCGGGGUCGGGGAGGAUCCGGCAAGGAACUCGUCGGCGACCCCAAAGGAGAAAAAGACGGUGCGUUUCCACCCGGAGCAGGAGGCGCGGCCGCGCGGCGACAAACACCCACAGGACGGCUCUACCAAAGCGGCGGCGAGAAUGGAGGAGUUGCUGAGGGCGGCCGCGACGGCAGCGGAAGAGGAGGAGCACGGAAGAGACUGGGAAGGAAGCGAAUCGAGUUCGGAUCUGUUCGAGCUGGAGAAUUUGACGACGGCCGAUAGAGGAGGAGGCGAGCUGCCGUUGUACGAGACGACCGACUUGAGUGCAAAUCGUGCCCUAACGUUCAGCAACCCGUUGACCUAAUUUAUGUUCGCGCGUUAAAUGUUUGGGGAUUUUACUAGCUUGACCUUGUAAUUUGACUCAAUCUCAAUUUGCCUCCUUAAUUCAAU